AUGGAGCGGACGACGGCCGUGAACCCCUGGGACUUGGGGGUCAUCGGGGGGUACUUCCUCCUCGUCCUCGCCGUGGGGCUCUGGUCCCUGCGCCGGGGGACCCGCAGCACCAUCAGCGGGUAUUUCCUGGCCGGGAGGAGCAUGGCCUGGGGACCCGUGGGGGCCUCGCUCUUCGCCAGCAACAUCGGCUCGGGGCACUUCGUGGGGCUGGCGGGGACGGGGGCGGCCGGCGGCAUCGCCGUGGGGGGCUUCGAGUGGAGCGGCAUGUUCAUCGUCCUGCUGCUGGGCUGGGUCUUCGUCCCCAUUUACCUGCGGGCGGGGGUGUCGACGAUGCCCGAAUACCUGGGGAAGCGUUUCGGGGGGGGCCGGAUCCAGCUGUACCUGGCGCUGCUCUCGCUGGGGCUCUACAUCUCCACCAAGAUCUCCGUGGACAUGUACUCGGGGGCCAUCUUCAUCCAGGAGGCGCUGGGCUGGGACCUCUACGCCGCUGUGGGGGCCCUGCUGGCCGUCACUGCCCUCUACACCGUCACCGGGGGGCUGGCGGCGCUGAUGUAUGCAGAUCUGGUGCAGACCCUCAUCAUCGUCGUGGGGGCCUCGGUCCUGGCCGGCUACGCACUGGGUGCUGUGGGGGGCUAUGAGGGGCUGGUGGAGCGUUACCCCCUGGCGCUGCCGCCCAACGUGACGGGUCCCUGCGGGCGUCCCCGUCCCGACGCCUUCCACCUCCUGCGACACCCCAGUACCGGGGACCUGCCCUGGCCCGGCCUCCUCCUGGGACUGGGCAUCAUCUCCGCCUGGUACUGGUGUACCGAUCAGGUGAUCGUGCAGCGGUGCUUGGCCGGCCGCUCGCUGACCCACGUCCGCGCCGGCUGCGUCGUCUGCGGCUACCUCAAAGUGCUGCCCAUGUUCCUCAUGGUGCUGCCCGGCAUGGCCGCCCGCGUCCUCUUCCCUGAGGUGGUGGGGUGCGCGGACGCGCAGGGCUGCCGCCGCGCCUGCGGGACCCCCGUGGGCUGCUCCAACGUCGCCUACCCCCGCCUCGUCCUCACCCUCCUGCCCCCCGGACUACGCGGGCUGAUGCUGGCGGUGGUCCUGGCCGCCCUCAUGUCCUCCCUGGCCUCCAUCUUCGCCAGCGCCGGAGCCCUCUUCACCCUCGACGUCUACCAGCGCCUGCGGCCCCGCGCCGGAGCCCGGCACCUCCUGAUGGCCGGCAGGCUGUGGAUCGUGGCGAUGGUGGGCUUGAGCCUGGCCUGGCUGCCGGUGGUGGAAGCGGCGCGGGGGGGGCAGCUCUUCGAUUACAUCCAGGCCAUCGCCAGUUACUUGGCCCCCCCCGUCGCCGCCGUCUUCUUCCUCGCCGUCUUCGUCCCACGCGUCAACGAGCCCGGCGCUUUUUGGGGUCUGCUGGGGGGCCUGGGGCUGGGCCUGGCCCGGCUGGUACCCGAAUUCGCCUUGGGGACGGGGACGUGCGGGUCCCCCGGCCGCUGCCCCCCCCUCGUUUGCGGCCUCCAUUACCUCCACUUCGCCGCCCUCCUCUUCCUCGCCACCGGCCUCAUCGUCAUCGGCGUCUCCCUCUGCUACCCACCCAUCCCUCGCCAACACCUCCACCGGUUGGUGUUCAGCCUCCGGAACAGCCGGGAGCCGCGGAUCGACCUCGACCGACAACCGCCCAAGGACGGCGCCGGCGACGUCCAGCUCCAGGGUAAAGGGGCCCGUGGGUGCUGGGGGGGGGCCAUGGGUGCUGGGGGGGGUCCCAAGGGUCUGGGAGGGGGCCCCUGGGUGCGGGGGGGGUCCCCAAGGGUCCGAGGACGGGUCCCAUGGGUGCGGGGGGGUCCCAUGGGUGCAGAAGACCCAGAACUGACCCCCCCACUCCUUCUUCCAGAUGUGGAGGCGGAGCCAGCUGGCCAGGGGGUGGGGCCUGUCGGCCGAGGGGCGGGGCCGUCGGGGGAAAGGGGCGUGUCCGAGCCGCCGGCCCCGCCCCCCGAGGACCCGGUGUGGAGCCGGGUGGUGGACGUCAAUGCCCUCAUCCUGAUGGCCGUCGCCUUCUUCCUCUGGGGGUACUUCGCCUGAGACCGCCCCCCCGCCGCCAAAACCUCCCCCGAAGGUGCUGAAACGCCCCCAAACGAGGGCAAAACCCCCCGUGCGACGUCAAAACGCCCCCAAACAAGGCCCAGCCGGCCCAGAGCGAGACCAAAACGCCC